UGUAAUUAUAGAAACAAUUACUAGUAUGGAUCGAUGACUCUCUAAUUCGUGUAGCCUUUAAAUACGACAUCAAUAUAAUUGAUACUAUUCGUGAUGAGAUUACAUGGUCGAUAUCACGAUGAUGCAACAAUUUAUAAGUAUAUUACAAUUUAGAUUCUAACAACAUCAGUAUCGAGGGGGUUUCUCUAGUAGGUGUAUCGCUUGCUUUAAUAAUGAAGAUGAAAAGAAAUUGUGUUUUAUUAAUAGUUUUCGUGUUUUUUGGAUAUGUAUCAUUAAUACAAAGUGCAAAUAUAUUAUUAAUAUUUCCAAUGGCGAGUAAAAGUCAUGAUAUUUUGGGCUAUGCUUUAGCAAAACAUCUCUCCACAGUUGGACAUAAUGUAACGUAUGUUUCUGCGUUUUCUCAUAAAAACACAGAAACGUUUCAUAGUAUUCAUCUUGAAGAAAUGAUUAAAAUUAAAGAAAAACUUCAAAGGCAUAUGCAAGGAAAUGGAACGAUAUUCGAUAUAAUUGAACAAGUGUAUUUUGUAUUGGACAUACCUGCAAUGAUCUUUAAUGACUCAGAUAUUCAAGACACAAUUAAAUCAAACGCAAAUUUUGAUGUUCUUAUACAGUUUGCUGGUAUAGAUGCAUCGAUGGUUUUAGCACACCACUUUGAUAUACCAAUAAUAGUAUUUUCACCAACAACCGCUAUAUUGACUCAGAACAAUAUGGUGGGAAAUCCAAGUCCUCCAUCUUAUAUAUCAACGAUAAUGACACCGUAUAAAGAAGACAUGAGCUUUUUCGAACGCGUUAAAAACACUGUGAUUCCUUUCAUAGCAUUCAAUUUAAUAGAAAUGGCAUUUAAUUAUGUAGGAAAUAAAGCAAUUCAACACCAUUUUCCGGGAUAUCCAUCGAUUCAAGAAGUUAUUAGAGAUCGUGUUGAUUUAAUUUUAGUAAACUCUGAUAUAAGCACGGAAACUCCACGACCUUACGUACCGAAUAUGAUACAAAUCGGCGGAUUUCACUUACAAAAACCAGAGCCAUUAAAAGACGAUCUAAAAAAAGUUUUGGACGAUGCCAAAGAAGGAUUUGUUUAUUUAAGUUUAGGGACAAACGUUAGAGUUAGCGACAUACCAAGUGGUGGUUUUGAAGUGAUUAAAAAGUGUUUGGAAAAACUUCCGUUUAAAAUUAUCUUUAAACACGAUGAGGAUGAGAUGGUUGGGGCACCUAAAAAUUUUUAUGUUCGAAAAUGGUUUCCGCAAGCAUCCGUUCUAGCUCAUCCAAAUAUUAAAUUAUUUAUUAGUCACGGUGGUUUUGGUGGAAUGUCAGAGACCCUUUAUUACGGGGUACCAGUUGUUUGUAUUCCGUUUUUUGGCGAUCAACGACAAAAUUGUGUCGAGGCGGAGUAUAACGGUUACUCAGUAACUGCCGAAGUUCAAAAUUUGGAUGAAAAGUCGUUUUCUGAGUAUUUAGAAAAAGUUUUAUAUGACAAAAAAUUUAUAGAAGCGAUUAAAUUUAAAUCUAAUUUGUACAGAGACCAACCUAUGAAUCCCAUGGAUAAAGCUGUGUAUUGGAUUGAGCAUGUUAUUAAACACAAAGGGGCUAAACAUUUAAGGGUUAAAGGAAUUGAUUUACCUUGGUAUCAAUAUUAUUUAUUGGAUGUGUUUUUGUUUAUUGGAGCGAAAAGUUAA